UCAGACAUACACACCCACCUCCAGACACUCGCAUUUCUCAUUUCUUACUUCUAGUUUAAUUUAGAUAGCAAGAGGCAGUGUUUGGAGCGCGCGCUUUGUGUAGAAAAUAGCUCAAAGUCUUGGCGCUUUAAGCGAAGAUUCAAGCCGAAAGAUUCAACAUGGAGUCCCCACCAGAUCCUGCGAGCGACCCGAGCAACGGCGCCUCCGAGCCGGCUACCCCGCUCAGGGAAACCCCGGCAAACCUCGAGACGCUCCGGAAAGCGGACCAUCCGGCACCGGUUCGAAGGCAGACCUGCUCCAGCACCAACAGAGGUAUCUCAGUAACAAAGAAGACACAUACUUCUCAAAUCGAAAUAAUUCCUUGCAAGAUUUGUGGAGACAAAUCAUCAGGCAUCCAUUAUGGAGUGAUCACGUGUGAAGGCUGCAAGGGCUUUUUCCGCAGGAGUCAACAGAGCAAUGCAGCCUACUCCUGCCCCCGUCAGAAGAACUGCCUGAUCGACCGCACCAGCCGCAACCGCUGCCAGCACUGCCGGCUCCAGAAGUGUCUGGCCGUGGGCAUGUCCAGGGACGCGGUGAAGUUUGGGCGAAUGUCAAAGAAGCAGCGUGACAGCCUGUACGCAGAGGUGCAGAAACAUCGGCUCCAGCAACAGCAGCGUGAUCACCAACAGCAGCCAGGGGAGGCAGAGCCUCUCACCCCCAGCUACGGCCUCUCAGCCAAUGGGCUGACAGAGCUGCACGACGACCUUAGCGGCUACAUGGAUGGCCACACCCCUGACGGCAAACCGGACUCUGCGGUCAGCAGCUUCUAUCUGGACAUCCAACCCUCGCCUGACCAGUCCGGCCUGGACAUCAACGGCAUCAAACCAGAGCCCAUCUGUGACUUUGCCCCUGGCUCCGGCUUCUUCCCCUACUGCUCCUUCUCUAAUGGAGACAGUUCCCCCACUGUGUCCAUGGCUGAACUGGAGCAUUUGGCCCAGAACAUCUCCAAGUCGCACAUGGAAACGUGUCAGUAUCUGAGGGAGGAGCUGCAGCAGAUGACCUGGCAGGCCUUCCUGCAGGAGGAAGUGGAGAGCUACCAGAGCAAGCCUCGGGAAGUCAUGUGGCAGCUGUGUGCGAUCAAAAUAACAGAAGCCAUUCAGUAUGUGGUGGAAUUCGCCAAGCGCAUCGACGGCUUCAUGGAGCUGUGCCAGAAUGAUCAGAUAGUGCUGCUGAAAGCAGGUUCUUUGGAGGUGGUAUUUGUCAGGAUGUGCCGUGCCUUUGACUCGCAAAACAACACAGUCUACUUUGAUGGGAAGUACGCUGGGCCCGAUGUCUUCAAGUCCUUAGGCUGUGACGACUUGAUCAGCUCCGUCUUCGAGUUUGGGAAAAACUUGUGUUCUAUGCACCUGUCUGAGGAUGAGAUGGCCCUGUUCUCCGCCUUCGUGCUGAUGUCUGCUGACCGCUCCUGGCUCCAGGAGAAGGUCAAGGUGGAGAAGCUACAGCAGAAGAUCCAGCUGGCUCUACAGCACGUCCUGCAGAAGAACCACAGAGAGGACGGGAUUCUCACAAAGUUGAUAUGCAAAGUGUCUACACUGCGAGCGCUGUGCAGCAGGCAUACAGAGAAGCUCACGGCUUUCAAAGCAAUAUACCCAGACAUUGUGCGCGCCCACUUCCCGCCCUUAUACAAGGAGCUGUUCGGCUCGGACUUUGAGCAGGCCAUGCCGGUGGACGGGUAGCAGCCUGAGAGCCGUGAGCCGCAGGAGGAGCAGGAGAACAUCAGACACUUUAGCAGAGCCCUGCUGACCUGGGCUGGAGGCACUUCACUGGCAGAUGGCUACAGGAUCGUUCUGCUGUUACACUGUUCAGUCUGAAGAGUCACGGCACAGCGCCCCCUACAUCCUCAUCACUGCAGUGCGUCUGAACUGGACCCGUGUGCCCCUCACUCAUACCACUGUCUGCAUUGGAUGAUGCUUUAUUUGUGCAUCUUUUUAAAUAAAUAAGCCAGGCCCACAUUUACAUACAGUAUAAGCACUAACAUAAUCAGUAUUAUUUCAUAGAAUAUAAUUAUAAAACCUCUUUUUGGGGACUUUUCUUGUUUUAAACGCACACUUUGGUCCAGUUCAGUUGUCUCCGUGUGCAGCAGAGCUCACAGCCACUUUGAGAGGAGUCAUGUUGAUCCAUCAGCUUCUCUCUACGGACAAUCGUUUAAAAAAGAGACACAGAAUUCUGGAAAUUCUUAUGAAAUCACAGAUUUUAGCUGUCAAAGACUUCAUGCAUCGUAGUGAAAUCAUGUAAGGCCAUUUGCUAUUAAUCCUUCUCUGGACAGGCGCCCCCUGGAGGCCACAAUGAAAAGAGUCCAUUCCACCUGUUUAAAUACGCUACAGGGUAUAUGGUCGUAAGUACUUACUAUACAGAAAAAGUAAUGUUUAUAGAUUCUAUUUUAAAUAACUUGUAUUAUAUCAGUAGUUAGACCAUUCUUAAUUGUUGAAUUGAUAAGGCACUUUUAUUUACACCUUUGUUUAAUUUAAGACUUGUAUAUUUACCUAGUAAUAUGUUGCAUGUGCACAAGAAAUACAAACUGAGGGGCGUGGUCACGUGGCUCGUCCAGGAUCCUGGGGCUGAAGAUGCGACAGCGUGGUCAGGGGAGAAGGCAGGUCAGAGUCAUGUUCUAAGCCAAAAACUGCCAUUCAAAUGUAGCACAAACAUUCAUCAGCACAAACGUUCGAACUGCGAGAGUGUUUUAAAAUAAUACUUUUAUUAUUUAACACGUGGGUUUAUGGAGUUAUGCAAGUUUGGAGUUUGAGCAGGUGGAGAGAAAGCCAAUAGUGAUCCAACUGCUCCAUCUGCUGGUGGAUGUGGAUACGACAGCAGAGAGACGUCCCAUUCACCAAGGCCUGUUUCAAGAAGAGACUUUAACAAAGUCAGAGUUUAAACCUGGGCUUAAACUGGAUCUGACCAGCGGGCUACGAGAGACAGUAUUUUUACAGUGUUCCCUAUAGCAGCAUUAAAACGGCCACUGCAGCUGAGAUGUGUUACUAAAUAAAUAUUUUAAUGUAGACGCCAUUGAUUUAACUUAGUGGAAAACAAACAUUUGAACUGCUCUGGGCUCAUGGUUUUGAUUAUCUUGGGAAGAGAGCACAGCUUAUUUUUAAACCCAUCCACUGGAGCUGUGUUGCAGAGGUCUCAGAUAUAUAAACUUAUAUACAGUGUUUUAAUAGUGUAAAUUAUGUAUAAAACCAGCACUGACCAGUUUUUUGGAUUUACUACGGCAGUGGAACUAUUCACAUGCCACUUUAAAACAUCCAGUCUCUUAUCUGGCAACUAAAGUACCACAACUGCCUGAAAUGUAACCAAAAUCAUAACCAAAAAGCACAAAAGAUGCUCAAACAAAAUUCUGAUUCUAAAAUAAACGUUUUGUGGCUUUGUGGCCUCUGACCCAAAACGUCACAUGAUCGUUUUGACUUAAACAGGCCUGUCACAAUAAUCACUUCAUCAAUUUAUCAUUCUAUUUAUAAAACUGGAACUAUAUUUUGGGGCUCAAAAUGUCUUGUGUUCAAAGAGCCAAUCCAGAGUGAAUCAAACCUGUUGCUAAUGCUAGUGGGAGUGACCUUGGGGAAAGAAGGCCUCUGAUUUGUCUGUUAUUAAUGUUCAUAUCUUGACAUAAUAGUGAAAUAAAAACCCCAGGAUCAUGUAGAGCAGGUUAAUACAAACAUUUAAGACCAAAAUGUCUGACAACAGCAGUUACAGAGAGAGAGGACACAGUUUUUCAAUAGAAAGUGAAUUGGAGCCAGAGUCAAUGGAGAUGGAAGUGCGUCCAUGAUCACUUCCUGUUUAGAACAUGUUGGCUAGCACGUUAGCUAAGUCCAUUUACAUAUACAGUCUAUGUGACAGGCCUAAUUGUAAAUUGAAAUUUGGGACCUCCAAAGAACAACUUUGCAGAUUUGUUUUCUUUGUAAAAUAAACGUCCUGAGUAUUUACACCAGCAAGUUCAAACAUCCAACAAGACAAAAACCUAAACAAGCCCACUGUACCUUUUACUCUGAGUUUGUAAGAGCCACUUUUUGAAACGGAGCCACAAAGGCAGGGUUUAAGCGAACAAGCACAAAUGCACUCAAAUGCAAUCAAAAGCGUUUUCUGUCAGAGUGACUCUAUCUGCCUCCUCGCUGCCUCGGCUCAGCCACAGCGGGACAACAAAAGAACGACCGUGAAUAUUCAAAGCCUUGUCUGGUAGUGAAGCAUCUAUUUUUGUAUUUUGGUUAAUAAACUCAUGAAAGAGGAAGAAGAGGAGGAAGAGGAGAAAGAGGAGGAAGGGAGGGAGGUGUCAGGUAGCACUUAACUGUAUCCGCGCAAUAAUUAGACUAGCCGUUGUUUGUGUGUUUAGGGAGAAAAAUGCUUCGAGAAGCUAUUUUCAGAUCGCUUUGUUGUUGUGCUUAUGUUUCGUUGUCUUUUGUCUGUAUUGUACAAAAAAAUGUAGGAAAAACACACCCUAGAUGUGCCAAACAACUGUCGUCUCUUCCAGUCUAUGAAGUAGAGUGGAUUCCUCAGACAUUCCAAUUUUAGUAGCAGCAAAAAAUAAAAAAAGAAUAUAAAAUGAUAAAAAAUACAUGUGCUGUCCCUUUAGGAAGUGAAGAAACACAUGCGUCACCCUCUGCACCGUAUAGCUUAUAUUUCCCAUUUGUUUUUUACAUUGGUGUUGUGCAAUUUGUACCAAGCCUCGCGCUGUCACCCCUCAGGGAAAAAAAAUCAUUUUGUUUUACGUUUUAUUUUUGUUUUUAUAAUAUGUUUGUUUGAUGACGUUUGUAUUCCGUGUCGUUCUCUGGGGAAACUGUUCCGUUUUGUUGGUUCAACCUACUUUUCGAGAAAGAAAAAAAAACUCUCUAUCUAUGCCCAUUAGCACAUGCAGCAUCACAAAAUUCUACCUUGGUUCUAAACGGUGUCAUCAGGGUCCCGAAAACCGCAACCCUCGUUAUAAUAUAGACAAACCAAAUAUUCUUAUGCAAUAUCGAAUGGGUAAUUGUUGGGGUUACAGGUGAUGUACGGUUUCAUGUUUUGAUCCAAUGGGGUUUGGAUAUGCACAAGUCCUAAAGUACGGUGGUAAAACUCCCCCUCAAAACACGUCUGGAACACAGCUAGACAAUCCAGGGAGCCGGCGCCAGCAUAGCACAACCGACCUUGUAUCGCGAAAGGUUGGCGGAUUCUUUUUUAUUUGCAAAAAAACUAAAAUAUAGAGCAACACUAUGUAACUUCAGGGCCACAAAACUGCAGAGAACAUAGUGUGGCCGAGCUCAAGAGGACUGUUUUUAGCUUUUAAAUAUCACUUUGGUUUGGUUUGAGAUUUGGAAAGACGCUGAUGAUGAUGAUGUCACACUCUGAGAUGGGGGACUGGCUUUAUUUUUUUUCAAAAUCAUCACAAAUGGGGUCGUAUCUGGCAACUCAAAGCUCAAAGCAAAGUGUUUCCUUGAGGCUCCGAGGUGUUAAGCUUGUCUAAUGUUGAAAUUAAACGUUGAAAACAUUAUUAGAGCCAUCGGGGCCCCCUAACCCACGUCUGCUCGUUCCUGUCCCCCAUCUCAGAACAAAACGAAACUGUAAAGAAUCCUUCGUCAUCAGGAAAAUGAGCAAUAUUUAUCGGUGUAGGUGUUGGGAUGUGGGUCAAACGCAGCAUCAGAACAGACGUACAGUGUGACUACCUUCAAACUCAAAAUUUGCACUAACAAAACUGUCUCGAUGUUUAUUCCAUUCAGUCUGUGGCGGCCGCAGUCUUAUGUUUCUUUACGAUGAAAUCUCGAAUAUCCAGCGCUUUGGUUCCACGUUGCGUAGUGCUGCCUUCAUUUCUCAAACCCAGUGAGGUCACCCACUUUCAAAAUAAAAUAAAAGUCUUUCAGUGUCUUAAUACGAGACAAGCAAUACAUGUAUGCCUUGUGUUAAUAUUACGGGUCUCUGCUUUGUUUGUCCUUUUAUUUUGACUUCACCAUAACCUAUAGGACCACAUCUGUCGGGUCUAUGUGUGUGUGUGCGUGUGUGUGUGUGUGCGUGUGUGUGCAGCAGUAAAAUGGCCAUGUGAAAUAUUUUAGCCCUGCCUUUGCGAAAAACAGCAUUGUAAAGUGAUGUCUUUUUGUAAAUCUGUUGCCUAUAUGAGGAAUACUGGUGUCCGCUGUCUCUCUCUGUCUGUACAAAGCAAUAUUAGUGAGUGUACAUAUGUUUGUGUGUGAAUUCCCAGACAAGGCUUUAAAAAUUACAGAGGAACAGGGUCACAACGGUGAGCUUUUGUUUUGCUACGUUUUUUCUUAUAGAGUUAUGAAUAUGCUGAGCUAAAGAAUUUAACG